AACAACGAAUGGCUUCCACGGGGAGUGGCCUCCGCAUCCGGGGGGAUGACAACCUCCAGUCCAUGCUGGUGGGGACGGUAAUGAGGAAAAUUAAGUCUCGUACCUGGAAAAAGCAGCGCUACUUCAAAUUGCAGGAUGACUGCAUGACCAUCUGGUAUAAGUCCAAGAAGGCUGGCAACGCCCACUCCACAUUUUCAGUCAGUGAUGUGGAGGCAAUACGAGAGGGCCACCAGUCUGAGGUGCUGCUCAGCAUUGCUGAUGAGUUUCCGGCAGACCGAUGCUUCACGCUGGUCUUCCGUGGUCGCAGGGGCAACCUGGACCUGGUGGCCGAGUCAGCCGAGGAAGCGCAGUCCUGGAUCAGAGGCAUGAGGAAGCUGAUAGAGAAUCUGGAGAACAUGGGGGAGCGAGAAAAACUAGACCAAUGGAUUGGCGAUUGGUUCAAGAAGGCAGAUAAGAACAACGAUGGCAGGAUGAACUUCAAGGAAGUGCGAGAUUUACUGAAGAUGAUGAACGUGGACAUGAACGAGCACCACGCUCAUCGUCUCUUCACAAUGGCUGAUAAGUCCCGGUCAGGAACACUGGAGGAUGAUGAGUUUGUGCUCUUCUACAAGAUGUUGACCCAGCGAGAGGACAUUCUGAGGGUUUUCCAGGAGUACUCAUUUGAUAGCCAGAAGUUAACUCAGAGCGACUUGGAGGACUUCCUGAGAGAGGAGCAGCUGGAGGGCGAUGACAUCCAGCAGCAUGCCAAACAGCUCAUUGAGCGCUAUGAGCCCUCUGACACAGCCAAGCUGCUGAAUGCCAUGACAUUUGACGGCUUCUUGAUGUACCUUGGCUCAGCUGAGGGCUCCAUCUUCAACCCACAGCGGCGAGGGGUCUUCCAGGACAUGAGCCAGCCGCUGUGCCAUUACUUCAUCUCCUCCUCCCACAACACCUAUCUGAUGGAGGACCAGCUCCGAGGCCAGAGCAGUGUGGAGGGAUACAUCAGAGCUCUGAGUCGGGGCUGCCGGUGUGUGGAAGUGGACUGCUGGGAUGGUGCCAACGGGGAGCCCAUCGUCUAUCAUGGACACACGUUCACCUCCAAGAUACUCUUCAAGGAUGUGGUCAAUGCAGUUGGCAACUAUGCCUUCAAGGUAUCGGAGUAUCCAGUCAUCCUGUCCAUCGAGAACCACUGCAGUGUUGAGCAACAGAAAGUGAUGGCCCGACACCUCAACCACAUCCUUGGUGACAAGCUGCUGAAAAGCACAUUGGACGGCAAGCCCCCCAUUGGGCUGCCGUCUCCUGAGGAUCUUAAGGGGAAGAUUCUGCUGAAGGCGAAGAAAAUUGGCGGUCUGCAGGAAAGUCUCAAUGGCAUGGUAGAAGACUCUCUGACUGGAGAGGUCAGCGAUGAAGACGAAGUGGCCGAAAUUGAUGAAGAUAACCUUCACCGUGAGAGUGUCCGUCGCAGGGUUAAGAAGUCAAAGCAGCGUCUGUCCAAGGAGCUGUCAGACUGUGUCAUUUACUGUAAAAGCGUCCACUUUAGUAGCUUCAAACACUCCCGCAUCCACUCCAAGUUCUAUGAGGUGGCCUCUUUCACAGAGUCCAAGGCACGCAAACACCUGAGAGAGGCUGGGGCCGAGUUUGUGCACCAUAACUCACAGCAGCUGACCAGGGUUUAUCCCAGUGGCUUCCGAACUGACUCCUCCAAUUUCAAUCCUCAGGAAAUGUGGAAUGCUGGGUGCCAAAUCGUUGCAUUGAAUUUCCAGACUGCCGGGGAGGGGAUGGACCUGAACGACGGGCUGUUUCGUCAGAAUGGCAACUGUGGCUACGUCCUGAAGCCCAGUUUAUUGAGCGAGCCCAGGAAAAGAUUUGACCCUGAGACGCCCCAAAAACAGGAUGACUAUCAACCUGUCGUCCUCACCAUACAGGUGAUCAGCGGUCAGCAGCUGCCCAAAGUCAACAUCAAAGAGGAUUCUAUAGUGGAUCCUCUAGUCAGAGUGGAGAUCCAUGGUGUUCCUGUGGACCAGGCCAAGCAGGAGACCAGAUACAUUGAGAACAAUGGGUUCAACCCUGUGUGGUAUGACACACUGCGCUUCACCAUCCACACUCCUGAGCUGGCCAUGGUGCGCUUUGUCGUGGAAGACUAUGACAAGACGUCUAAAAAUGACUUUGUGGGGCAGUAUACACUCCCUCUCACCUGCAUGCAGCAAGGUUAUCGUCACAUUCACCUUUUGUCCAAAGAUGGAACCAGUAUUCCUCCCGCCUCCUUAUUCGUACACGUCCGGAUCACAGAUCUGCGAUAAAGCUUCUUCACUUUCCUAAUACACCAGAGUUAUUAGAGAGAACAUCCUCAGCACGCAUUAUUUAGCGAUGAGAGUAGAAUCCUUCCUAUAGAAAAAACUUACAGUUACUAAAAGAGUAUUUAAUAUUAUUCUUAUUUGAUGUGAAUAAAUACUAUGCCAAAUGUUUAGUGGUUCCUAGGCAGCAGUGGAAUAUUACAUAAAGCAUGUUUUUGUUUUGUUCAUUACAGUGUGUGUAAUUUGUUCCUGUGAUUGACUUGAACUUUGCUGCUCAUGUUUGAUGUACUGUGUCUGUAGCACAAAUAUUAGUUUCUGCUGAAUGUGCCACCAGUAUGCUUCGAUCAGGAUAUUUAUUUUCUGUUAGUAUUUAAUGAACAGCACCUCAUGAGCACUCGCUGCAGCCCUGAGCUUUCACUUUGGUCAACAUGCAAAACUUGAAAGCAAUUCUCUUGCAGCUACACAGAAAGAAAAAUGGUUACCAUUUUAAUGGGGACACAGUGUUUUUACCAGCAAGAACUAAGUCAUAGAUAUAGAUGUUAUAAUAUACAAAAUACCACAAAAAUUGCAAAGAUAACCAUAAAAUAAAUAUAAAUUUAUGUACCUUUAUGUUCUUCACCAAGUUUCUCCUGAUGUUCACUUUAGGCUACUUUGUGUGAUCAAAUCAAAUACUUUUUCUCAUUUCUCAUCAUUGCAAAUUAAUCAAACUGAUAAAAAAGUACUUGUAACAUAUUAUAAAAUUCUGAUCCUUUUGGAAAAAUCUGAGCCAAGACACUAUUAAAUCAUUGUGGAUUCUUUUCAUAAUCUUUGCUCAUUCAGGUAAGCUGUGCUUCAUUUUGGCAACACUUACAGUUACACUUAUUAUUCCCAACAACCACCAAUAUCACAAUCGCAGCUUUUUAGCAGCUGCACUGGAGCAACUGGAGGUUGAAGGUCACGGGCAUAACGACGCCUCCCAAUGUUCCCGGUCAGAUCAGAGAGUUCAAGAGAAUAUGGCCUGUGGCUGCUUUUCUGCUCUUCCCAUUAACACCAGAAUCUUCUGCAUGUCGUUCUUUUAUAAAAAGCAGAAGUGAUUGGUUGGGCUUGAUUUGCUUGAAUAACAUGAUUAUCUCAUAAAUAUGAAGAGUAACAGGCGGAAAUCACAAUUUAAUACUCAUGAGUAGUCUUGUGUCAUCUGAUGUUAUAUUUGUGGCAUGUACAUACAAUCCAUUUGUGCAAAAGUGUUUUGAUAUGUCUUGUUUGAU